AUGUCGACAACCCCUUACGAUGAUGUGACAGAGGUUAGCAGGCGCUGCGCUGCGCUUCGCGAGGCGCUGUCUAGAGCGGAUGAUGAUGUCAUUACAACCCCAAAUAAAAAGUACCUUUACCUGUGCAAGGUGAGCGGGGAGCGGCCAAACGCUACAUUUCAGGCAUUCACCGAGGACAUGACGAAGGUGUCAUUGGAUUUGCAUAAGUCGUACUUAAGUCAGCGAGCUUUGUUGCCUGUUCUCCUUACGCUCCCUCUCUGUACCUGGCUAGAGCGUAUUAAUUUGCGGGAGGAGCGACUCACGACAACUCUCAUUCACUUGUUGUGUGAGGCGUUGUGCAGACUUCCGCGGAUAAAAGUCAUUGAUGUGUCGGGGAAUCCAUUUGGUUCCUUCGGCGUGGAUGCGCUCCUCAAACUCGUUAAGUGCAAUCAACGUAUCGUAGACUGUCGGAUGGAUGGUGUACAGUGCGUUGGUUCCCUGCGUCGUCGGCUGGCAGAUGCUUGCGAAAGGAAUGCAAAAGUCGCGCAUACAUUUGUAGAUAGGGAGGAGAUGCCAUCUGAGUGCUGCACUACGUCACUCGACACAACAGCAGCAGAAUCAGAUGAAGUCAAAUGA